AUGUCCACCGACAGAUCUUCUACUCCAGCAGACAAGGUCGCCGACACGGCUGCCGACGUCGCUGACACGGCUCAGGAACUUGAUGGUCCUGGCCUCGAACCUACAGAUGCCGCUGGCUCACCAGAGCAUCAUGAGCCAAAAACACCCCUAUUCUCCCACGAGAAUCUGAGCUCCUACGAAUCCAUGCUGGACGGCAGCAGGCAGGAUACUAGAAGCCGCCUGUUCUCCCACGAGGAUCUAAGCCCGUACGAUGCCACAGUAGACGACAGCAGACAGGAUCCCAGGUGUCGUCUCUUCUCCCACGAGAGCCUGGGUGCGUACGAGCCUCUGGACGACGACAUCUACAACGAGUGCCCCGACAUGGCACCGGCGACACCCGAGCCCCUGCAGCGGACAAAGUCAUCCGCCUCCAGCUUCGCGGUCGACGAUGCAACGGACAUGAACGAUCCCACCAUCGAGACAUUCCCCAGCGACCGUCUCUCCGUCAUGAGCACACUACGCAAGAUCCAGUCCAGCUCGAGCCAAGAUCACGCCGUCGAUGUGCAGGAACCGUAUUCACCCCGCUUUGGUAGCGGCACCUGCAACAGCGGUGACCCGAGAAUCAGGAGACUCAGCGGUGAUUCCGCAGAUGACGGCAGCAACUACCUGGCCGAACCACCAAUCAACCACAAGAUGGUUCCUUUUCCCCGCAGACGUGAUAGCCGCGCAUCGCACGGCAGCUUGGACAGGGGUGCUACAUCGUUGGGUGCCAUAGCCGAGGAGCCAAAGAAGGUAGCUGGCAACCCUUCGACUACGCAGUAUUAG